UGUAGUUUCUUGGCGGGCUUCGGACAGUUACGCCCAUAGCACACACUUUUUAGGGUUCAAUAAUGUGACUGCUGAAAUCAUCAUGUCUGGCCUCUGUCCUCCUCCUUCUCCUGCUGUUGCCAAGACAGAAAUUUCACUGAGUGGAGAAUCACCGUUACUAGCUGCCACAUUUGCAUAUUGGGAUAAUAUUCUUGGUCCCAGAGUCAGACAUAUUUGGGCUCCAAAAACGGAGCAACAGCUUCUCAGUGAUGGAGAAAUAACAUUCCUUGCCAAUCAUACUCUCAAUGGAGAAAUACUUCGAAAUGCCGAGAGUGGUGCAAUAGAUGUGAAGUUUUUUGUUUUAUCUGAGAAAGGAGUCAUUAUUGUGUCUUUAAUUUUUGAUGGAAAUUGGAAUGGAGACCGAAGUACAUAUGGAUUAUCAAUAAUACUUCCCCAGAGUGAGCUUAAUUUCUACCUCCCCCUGCAUAGAGUGUGCGUUGAUAGAUUGACACACAUUAUAAGGAAAGGAAGGAUAUGGAUGCAUAAGGAAAGACAAGAACAUUUCCAGAAGUCUAUUAUGGAAGGUGCAGAAAGAGUGGAAGAUCAAGGCCAGAGUAUUAUUCCCAUGCUGACAGGGGAGGUUAUUCCUGUGAUGGAACUCCUAUCAUCCAUGAAAUCACACAAUGUUCCAGAAGAAAUAGAUAUACAUGAUACCGUGCUUAGUGAUGAUGACAUUGGUGACAGUUGUCAUGAAAGUUUCCUACUCAAGGCCAUAAGUUCACAUCUGCAAACCUGUGGCUGUUCAGUUGUUAUAGGAAGUAGCGCAGAAAAAGUUAAUAAGAUAGUACGGACAUUGUGCCUCUUUCUCACUCCAGCAGAGCGAAAAUGUUCUCGCCUGUGUAGAAAUGAAACCUCUUUUAAGUAUGAGUCAGGCCUGUUUGUGCAAGGGUUAUUGAAGGAUGUGACUGGAAGCUUUGUGUUGCCUUUCCGCCAAGUGAUGUAUGCCCCAUACCCUACCACACACAUAGAUGUAGAUGUUAACACAGUGAAACAGAUGCCUCCAUGCCAUGAACACAUUUACAAUCAACGACGGUACAUGAGAUCUGAACUAACAGCAUUUUGGAGAGCUACUUUGGAUGAAGAAAUGCCUCAAGAUACCAUCAUCUAUACAGAUGAAAGUUUUACUCCUGACUUGAAUGUUUUCCAAGAUGUUCAGCACCAAGAUACUUUAGUAAAAGCUUUCUUAGAUCAGGUCUUUCAUUUGAAGCCUGGAUUGUCUCUAAGGAGUGUGUUUCUUGCCCAGUUCCUCUUAGUCCUUCACAGAAAAGCCUUAACUCUCAUCAAAUACAUCGAAGAUGAUACGCAAAAAGGCAAAAAGCCUUUUAAAUCUCUUCGUAACUUGAAGAUAGACCUGGACUUAACAGCAGAGGGCGAUCUUAACAUAAUAAUGGCUUUUGCUGAAAAGCUCAAACCUGGUUUACAUUCGUUUCUUUUUGGUCAACCUUUUUACACCAGCGUGCAAGAACACGAUGUCCUAAUGUCAUUUUAAAGACCUUUUAAUCUGGGCUUGUUGCAGCCUCGUAAUAUUAUUCAAAAGUUUUUGUAAAGGGAAAACAAUGCUUCUCUUCGUAAUCACAUGCUGCUCUCCACUGCAACUGAAUGUAAGUUUACACUACAGCCUGUAGAAGGAAGAGGGAGGACAAUUUGCUGUCAAAUCUAUUCAAAUCUUAGGCAGACUCAAAGGCUCCAUUUUGUUUAUAGUAAAAGACAAUAUCAUUACGUUUGGUCAAAACGCUAGCUGGAGCUUUCAAAACAAUAAAACAACAGAAAUGUUUUAAAAUGGUUCUCAUUAGAGCACAUUGGUGUUAUCAUUUUUGACAUUUGCUCAUUCUCUAUUUCGAGAUACUAGACUACAAACAAGUGUCAAAUGCUGACCAAAGACCCUAAUUUCUAUGGGGAUUUGCUUUAGACCAGAGGUGGAGAACGAUGGCCCUUUUAUGACUUGUGGACUUCAACUCCCAGAAUUCCUGAGCCAGCCAUGCUGAAGUUGAAGUCCACAUAAAAGGACCAUCGUCCCCCACCUCUGCUUUAUAUACUACCAACUUUCUUCCUUUUGUCACACUUUUCAACAGCUCCUUGAAACUUAUGGUAGUAUCUAACUAUUUAAAUAUAGCUGUAAAACACUCUGCUUAGAAAAGUGACUUCUUAGUUGAAAUUGGACAUGACUGGAAUUGGACAUGAUCCUGGAGAGAAUUUUUAAAUUAGUAAAGUAUCACCAACCAUACAAGUACCCAGCAAAUCCAUUCUGUUGCUGAUUAUGUUAGGCUAUAAGGGAUGUCACAUUGCUUAAUGACUGACAAUAGUUGUACAUAAUUAGAGGACAAAGUAAAUGCAAAAGCUAGGCUUUUGCUAAAGACUGGAGUUAAGUAACUUUUGUGCUCUGAAUGAAAGCCAAAUAAAUAUACUUACUUUAUAUUUAUGAACUGAUGGAUGGUAACAAAAUUCUGCUUUUUUUCUUAAAUGACAUCAGCUUUUGCUUGUUUUGUACAUGUCUUCUUUGUGUCUGCAUGAUAUUGAAUAUUUAUAUUGAUUUUAUUACGCAGGUUUCAUAAAGUAAAAAAAUCUAAACAUUUGCUGUUACAUGUUUCGGUGCAUUUUUUGUUUAAUUACAGUGAAGGGAAGAUGCCAAAGGCAGAUAUAUUUAUGUGCAAUAUGUAUGUGUUUAAUAUGAUUUAGGAAAUGCACUUGUCAGGUCAAGGUUUAAUGCUGUUUUUCAGCAUUCCAUAAUAUGAACUGGUGUUUUCAUGGAAUCCUAGUCAUUUUCUUCUGAUCAGUUUAUGUAUGGUGACCGAAAUGAAUACGUACUGCUUUUACAAAAAGUUUCCCCCAUUAACUUUUACAUCUUGCGAGUUUCAAACUUUUCCUGUUAAGGGAAAUAAACAAGGCAGUCUCUGCCAAUCUGUGGCUGUCGUGAUUCCCUAGAUCUCUGAAUCAGAUUUUUUUUUCUAAAAUGAUGUACUAUUUUGCAUUGGGAAAGCUAUCAAAGCAAUUAUAAAUUGAUGGGGGGGAAAGAUAGAAGGGGAAAUCUUCGUACCUCUUAACAAAAUAUGGAAUAAUCCAAAAGUGAAUAUUACGUAACUUGAUGUUAAGAAUACAUUUUAUCUCAGAGUAAAUAGCUCAGGUCAUGGUUAAAAUUAAAAUUAAGAAAUCAAUAGUUCAAUAGUUGCCAUUACAACUAUAUGUUGUGUUUGGCAUUCAUGAAUCAAUAAAUAGACAAUAACAGAGAUGGUGAGCUUGUAACCCUCUAGUUGAACACUAACUACAGAAAUUUUACUAGUAAUACUCAGGAGUAAGGAAUUCUAGAAGUUGUAUAGCCACACUUGAAGGAUCUUGCCCUGAUCGCUUACUCUGCUAAUAAGUAUUUGGAUUUUUCUAAAAUACUGAUACAGUAAAUAUUCGAGAACUACAGGUGACUUAGAAGUUUGCACUUUUCAGAAAAAAAUUGUGAUAGUUCCAGGGAUUAUCUUAAAACAAAUGUAUGCAACUAUACUUUACUAUUGAAAUUAUCAUUAGCUAAUUCAUUAUCUGAAUCAGUAUUCACUGUUGUUCAUGCAUUCAGUUUCUGUCUGAAAUAGACUUUGAAAAAAGUAUCUGGCCUUCUCUUCCUUACUGGCUGGGUGAAGGGUUUGUAGUACUAAACAUCUGAUGGACACUGGGUUAAGAAAUGUUGAUUUAAACUGGAUGCAUUGUAGGUUUUUAUGUAUUUUUCAUGCUUUUAGUCCUUCAAAAAAUGAAAGAAUACACGAAUAUGUAUACAAGAAUGUUACCACACUCAACACACAUUAUUCAAUUCUGCACCUAACUGUAUUGUGAUGUAUUUUGACAAAUACAACUGGCAUUACAAAAAGAAAACAGUCACUUGAAACAAAUUACAAUAUCAUCUUUAUUCAUUAUGGAAUGUAAAUACUAAAAACCUCACCAGAUUUUGAUGCACUUUUGUCUUGCAUGUUUAUGUGACAAAAUAGUUAUGUGACCUUGAUUUGUGUUCCAUACGUUAUGGCUGAAUAUUAAAUUAAGCUAUUAAAAA